CACGCGUUCCCUCGGCUUUCGAUACUCCAGUCGGUUUCGGCCGCUCGGAGUCGACUCCGGUGCGUUGCUCGAGUGACUGGCCUGGAUUCGGCAGUGUGCAACGACGGGUUGCCAGGUCUGGGAGUAGUUCCCAGGGACGUCGUUUGACAGCUGCUCAUGUCAGCUCCUCCGUUCAGGCUAACCGAGUGCAUUUGAGAACGUGUAUAAUAAUGAGAAUCGCGUCGCUUUUACGGCGGCGCUUGUCUCACCAUUAAACAGUACGCCCACGCCGGUCAGAGAGGAUAGAUCGAUAUGCGACGUUUCGAAGGUGGAAUAGGAUGGUGUUUGUUCGUUAUGGCGGAAUGCGGGUCUUCGUGAAGGAAAUCUGUCGCGAUUUUCACGCGCCUAAUAUAAUAAUAACAAAACGAUCGCGGAUCGUAAUUAAACGCCAAAUAAUGCGACGGAAAAAAGUUAUUUACACAUAUUCGCAUUGUUGAAAACGGCGUCUCGUCGUUUCUUGUUGAUAUUCAAAGAUUCUUUACUCGUUACACGAAUCGCAAUUAUUAAUUAUCGAGUAAUUAGUUUUCUCUACUCACUUUAUUCUUCCUACGUAAAGAUUAUCCACGUUGCCAUGUAAAAAUAAAAAGAAAAUAAAAAAAUAACGUGUUUUUUUUCCCUUAAUUAAAAACAUGUAACGACAAUAACAACACGCUCAAAAUCCCGUGACGAUAAUGAAAAUCGCUAAACACACGAUUUGAAUUCAUACCGACUACUUACAGUCAAUCGUCGAACAGAAGGAAGAAGAACAAAAAACACUACCGUCGUUAAAAGCAUUGUUAUUGUUGUUCUCACGCAAUAUCGGAUAAUGCAUGUUUACGUUAUUGCAUAAUUUUACACACGGUUAAAAGGCGUACACGCGAAUGGCCGAGUACGAGUGAGAAAAACCGAAGGUUACAUACCAAUACAUGAUCAUCCUCUGUAGAAGCGAGGAAGUUCGCAGGUGAGCGGCAAAGCUAGUGUGCCGUUAAAAGCGAAGGGUGAUUUAAACGGAGUUAUAUAAGAGAGGUGGAAGAAGAGGAAUAGGGAUAAGUGAUUCCUGGAGCUGAGAAAAUAAUUAAAAAAAGAAAAAAAAAAAAACAACAAUGAAAGAACACUGCAGCGAUCCGUCGUCAGAUAUGCCGAAGGGAAAGGGUUCCUCGCUCAAGUCGCUGAAAUCCCUGCUGAAAAAACCCGGCCAGACAAAACCGAAGGGUCAGAAAAAUCGCGUGGUGAUAAACGAGAAGCUCAACGAAUUCUUCGCAGCGGAUUAUAUAAUCCUUAUCAAGGAGGAAUGCUGCGCCGAUUACGAGGAGGAGUGCGACUGCUGCUGCCAGGAACACGAGAUGAUAAGGCUGGGGAACUGCAAGGAGUGCAGGGCCGAGCUGAACCUCCAAUUCGCGGGGGGCGGUCGUCCUCUCGAUACCGAUUCUGCCGGGGGUCAGGAACAAGUGUUCGCCAACGUUGACGGCCUCGACGAGGUCGAAGCCAGGGCCGCGAUCGAGGGACCCCCCAGGAGUCGGCAGGUCCAAAAACAACAUCAGCGCCAGCAGGAAACCCUCAGUCCCCCCGAGGGAUACAAGGACGUUUGCGAUGAGGGAGAAUCGGACGAGGUCGAUCAUCACCUACCUCCUCACCCCAUUUGCGCCGAGUGUAAUUACUAUCAUCAACAGACUGCGGAGACAGAACCAGAGGAGUCACAAACUAUAAAUGCAGGCGCCAACGGUAUCGACAUCGAACCGAAACGCACCAGUCCCGAUGACAAUCUAAUCACCGAUGAAGAUGCUACCCAGGACACCAGCGAUCAGACCCAGCAAACAACUCCGGAUCUUCAUCAGCGUUAUCUAGUCGAGACAAUCACGAUGACAACGGUUACGGAGCGUCGGAUCGUUCGCGAAUUGGGUGGAGAGGACGGAAACGGUGGUGGUGGCGGUGGUGGUGGUGGUGUCCUCGAGGAUGGCGAUAGCGGCGCUAAGAGGGUUUCGGGUAUCCUGAAGAACAACAAAUUGGCAAACAGCCCGCAUUCAUCUUCGGACUCAAAGGACGAGGGCUCUGUGCGUUUCGAGGAUGUGUCAACACCGCUGGCAAAGCCCGUGAGCGGCGGUGAGGACGAACAACAACAGCAGCAGGAUAACGCCGGCGGUAAAGUGGUACACAAGGUGAUCGGAGUGGCCGAUCUGACGGAGAAGGAAUCCGGAGAGGGUGACGCGGCGGAAUUGUCCCUGACAUUUAAACUCGGAAACGUGUCCUUGGUGUCGAACAGCCUGAAGCCGAAUUCCGCGGUCAGGCAGCUCUUUCCCGAUCCGAGAUUCAUAUCGCCACCUCCGGCUCCGAGCAAGUCGGUGCUUCCGGUUGGGGUCGAAGACCAGUCGCGGGAGGAGGACGAUCCGGAGGGGCAAAAGUUCCUCAUCACUACCGAGAGUCUGAGGCUCUUCGACGCCGUGAAGAGGGCGAAGCUGGCUGGCGUCCAGGGCGAGACCGACGCCGAAUCGACUACUAUACGGAAGACCAUAGAGCGAAACGCCCUCAGACGGAGUCUGAUAUCGAAGUACGAACCGAACGCUAAGAAGAAGAGUCUUAGGUCCAAGGAGUUCACCCUCGAGGAGAGGAUUCGCCAGCUUACCUGUCUCGACCUCGACGAUCGCGACAACGAGAGCAGCGCUUCCGAGAACACGACCACCGGAGACAGCUGCAGCGAAUACCUCGACUUUCCCGUCCGGACGUCGCCCUCCGGCGAAGAGGCCAAGAGCGACUCCUCGUCUCGCUGCGUUUCCGUCACGACGACGGCCGUCUCGUGCACCGUCUCGAACUCCCUGCAGCAGGUGGAAGUCGGUCAGGGAAACAAUCCGUCGCCGCAGGGAAACCUGCAGCACCAGUCUACCUACAGAAAGAUCACGGACCUGUUCGCCCAGAAGAAGAUGGAGGCGGCGCCCGAUUCGACGGUUAGGAAUCUGCCUGACCUCGGCAUCGGGAACAAACUUGGCCAGCAGCCGGGGCGCGAGUAUAACAACGGGGGCAAGACUCCGAUAGCUAAGAUGAACUCGGACGCGCGUAAGCAGUUUUUGGCCAGUCUGGCACCGCUGUCCUGCGUCGCUGGUACGGGGAUCGAGAACCGGGAGGAUUACUAUCAGCUGUCCUCGGCUAAGAUGACCGGCUCGGGGAACAGCCGCGACUCGGUAGGCGGCUACAAUUCGGACUCGUCCUACAGUCUCGAGGAUAUCGAAGCCGCGCUUCGGGGCGAGGAGAGGAACUACAGGAACGCCGGUGAUCCGCCGGACGUGACGAGGGGAACGCCGACCAGCAACGCCGGCGACGAGGACUCGGCCACCGACGAACUCCUGGCUUUCGUUGAACAGGACAAGACGCGGACGGAACGUAUAAAGAAGCGGUACAACGAAGCGGAGGAGACGCAGCAGCAGAACGAGGCCGAGGACGAGGACGACGAGCUCAACGAUUACGGGUUCAACCGGCGACCGUCGGUCCGUGGCAUAAAACCGAAGUUCGGUUCGACGAACGAGAUUCUAAGGCAACUUCAAUCCCGCAGCGUCGCGCCCGGUGCGUUGAUCGAAGCCGGCAAGGCCGGGUCCCAUUUGUCCUGGCCUUCGUAUUACAACGAGAACGAGGUAAUCGUCGAUAAAUCAUCGUCGAGGAUAUUCGUCCAGGACGAGGAGGACGACACUUAUCACACGAUCACCGACGGCAGGGACAGCAGCAACACGAUAAAUCGUAUAAACACGAUGCAGCGUCAGAUAGACGACAUAUAUCAGACAAUCGCCGAGACCGCGGCCAGCGUUCAGGGAUCCGUGAACCGCGGUUCUUACCUCGAGAGUACGCUGCCCAGGUCGGUCGUCAGACCUCCGGUUAACGGUGACUGCGGUCAGAGGUACAACCCGGGGAUUGCGGGGGAUCAGCCGAAAAUCAACGGUCAGCAUCCGCAUCCCCUGGGAGCGAGGAUGCUGCGAAUAGCCGGCGGCGGAGACCCGGGUCAGGGUACGAUGUACAACACGCUUCCCGGAAAAUCUACCCGGCGUCAUACCUUCGGAUACCAUUGCGAGAUCGGCACCGUACCUCCGGGUCUGCAGCAACCGCCGGAGGCGAAGUGUUACCGCACGAUGUACCUCCUUCCCUAUAACGGAAUGUCCGAUCCCACCUACCAGAACAUCCAGAGAAUACUUCCGGCGCAUGCCGCGCCUCCCGCGAACUACGCGAACCACGUCGAUAGGUAUCCCUACCCGAGGAACAAUCCCUGCAGGAAAAUCGAGGAGCCGUCUACCCGCUAUUACGCGGCUCGUCCAGUUUCCGCCAACCCCACGACGGCCUCGCUCUACUCCGCGCAGUCGGCCCAACUUCAUCUUCAUCUGCAUCAGCCGGUCGUCCAGCCGGAUGAAAUGCGCGUCCCUAACACGCUUCCUCUGCACCACAACGUCCAUUCCCUUCAUCACCAGCACCAAACUCCGGCCGGUUACGGCCUCCAGUCUGUCCCUUAUUCGGCAUGCGCCAACCCGGUUGUACAACGUGGCGCUGGUCCCGGGGGAGGGGGUGGAGGUGGAGGAGGAUACCAUUAUCAGCUGCACUUGGGACGCGGAGCAGCCGAUGUCCAGACGCAAACCGGGAUGAUAAACGCCCUGCCACCGCCCUGUUCGAACUCCUCUUCGGCGACAUCCUCGCCGAUGUGCGGAGCCUACAACAACGCCGGCGUCGUACCGGGCGGACCUCUUGCCAACAACGCGGUAUUGUCGUCGCCGACCAAGAUCCAGCAGCACCACCACCAUCAGCAACAGCAGCAACGCGCCGCCGUCUGCAACGUCGCCGAACGCGGCGUUCCCGAGGGUGCCGCAAGCGCGCCGUCCCAUGAUUUUUUGCAGAAUAAUUCGAGCAACCAGGUUCAUGCUCCCGGCCCGAUAAUCGGACAUUCGAACAACGGACCGCCCCCGAAUACGCAGAAUUCCGUUUACUACGCGAUGAACGUUUAGAGAGAGUACGUAUAUAUAUUUUGAAUAUUGGCGAAGACUUUAGAGACGGAGAAAGGGAAGGGAGGGAGGGAAAGAAAAUUAAUAAUCUUUCACGAUGUUCAGUCUCUCGCGAUUGUUGUCUCGAUGAUGCGGAACCCUAUAGCUCUUCACUCAAGUGUAGAGAGCUUGAAUGGGACACGAUGAGUUUAUACAUACCUAAUGCUAUAAAAAAGAAUCGUCUCCAUCGGACGGAUUUUAUACCGGGUAUAUAUGUACACUACACUGUUGUUGGAUCUUUUGCCCGCGUGGUUCCUCUUGAAUGAGUAUUGUAGUAGGUAUGUAAUCUUAUCACAUAUACACAUACAUGUACAAUGAAGAGAAUUGCCCCCGUUAUCUAUAUGCGAUGUGGGCGAUUUAAAGGUAGGUGCGUAUGUACCUAAUAUAUAAUAUACAAAUUACAAUUACGAUUAUUAUCUUAUAUACGUAUAUACGUAUACGUAUUGUAUGUAUGUACUCGCGUAUUAUAUAGAAAUGACAUGCCUGCCGGAGCAUGACGGAAAACCAAGGAAAUUGUCAGAGAGAUUAUUCAGAUUUUGUUCUAUGACUAUACCCUGAUAUACGUGCAUGGAUGAUGAUCGUUCAAUCAACGAUCCAAGGACGAAUUGAAGAUCGAAAGAAAAGUACUUCGGUACGAUGAAGAGUAUUACGUACCUAUAUACAUGUAUAUUAUAUAUGUAUUUAAUUAAGCUCGCUACACGAAGCAUGAUGAAAAAGAAAAACUGAAAACGAAACAUAUUAUACGUAUAUGAAAAAAAUGGCGUGUUCUUUUGGGAUCUUCCAAGAGCAUUGUCAUCCUUCUUUAUCUGAUAUUGCUGGAGAGAUUUUAAAUAGAAUUCGGUGAGAUUGGUGCAUCCGCGAAGGAAUCGGCGAAAUAAUAAAUUUAGUAUAAUUAAAUAAGGAACGAGGAAUACAGACGUCCCCGGAAGUGGGGAUCGCUUCUCAUUUGAUGUUUCUAAUCCUUAUUGAUAUUCCUAAUUCACUUCAUCGCGCGGCGGAUGAGACUUCGGGUUUCCGUUCGUUGUCUUUUAUUGUCCGGACGAAUCAAUAUGCAGCUCAUGUAUCGUUGUUAAAAUUUCAAAAUGGAAACUACUCUUUGAAUCCCAUUUGUGCACGAUGUUGUCGAAUUUUCUUUAAAUUUCCUGGAUUACAAGCGUCUGGUGAAGAUUCAUCGACGUACUGUGAAAAUCAAUUCCUCGAGUCAUCCUUGCUUUGCAUCAAACGUAUCGCGAAUUCAAUGGUCAUUUAUAUCUUAUACAUUGAAAUCAGUUUUGCUUGAAUCAAUCGAACUGUGUUAAAGUGAAUGAGCUUUUCGCAAAUUGUAAAUGUUUCGUUCCCCGUUCCUUUCUUUCUUUUUUCUCUUCGUGUAACAGGAUUUAUAUGUAUAUUGUAUAUAUUGCGCGAUUGAUAUGCGGUACAUGUAUUAAAAUCCAUAGAACGGAGGUGUAUGGAUCAAGGACUUAAGAAGUGAUAAACAAAAAUGGCAGCUAAUCUAAGGUUGUUGUAGACUAAGUUAUUAAUAUCGCCGAGUGCAAUGCGGAAUUAUUCACGGUACUUAACGGACGGCCAACUGUCUUAAUAUCAUUUAACAUCCCAAGAGAACAUCUCGCGAUCAUCCAGCUCUUUGCUCUCUACUUCACCUUAUCCGUAUAGCAUUAAAUGAAUGAUAAAAACUUCGUUUCAAAGUAUUGUUUUUAAUUUAAACUUCGAAUAGCCAAAGUAUACAGGUUUGGUUUCCAAAGGGUGAAAAAUAUCUAUCGAUAACCGUGAUCGGUUUCAUGAGAAUUGCUAAUUAUCUCGUACUGUAAUGUACUAAUUACCAUGAAAACUAUGCACCGCAGUACCCAACCAUCUUUUGUAAAUCGCGUUUGCGUGUGAAAUGUGAUUUACCCAGAUACAAUGCUGUUCCGAUCUCUAUCGAUUCCGCUCUAAGGCAAAAUUAGAACACGAUAUAUCUUAAUUAAGGGAAUACAUAUGUGCAUAUUUGAAGGGAUGAUAUUUUUCAAGCACCGAUUUGUCUUCAACGAUAUUUUCAACCAUAAUUCAUGUCCGUCACAUUUGUAGUCUAAUUUCUAGUAGUAGGUAAGUAGUUGGCUAUAAAGUAGAAAUUCAGGCUUUCCGCGUAAUGAGUACAUGCUUGCGCAUUCAGUUACAUCAUUGGCAUACAUAUUUCAAUUCUUCAUUUUAAUACGAGUAUCAAAAAACAAAAAAAAAAAAAGUUUUUCCGGACUAUGCUUACUUCUAAAAAAAAAAAAAAAUAUCAAGCCGUUCCAAUGUGAUUCUGCAGUUGUGAAAAUAUUUGCUCGAGAAACUUUUAUUUUAAGUACCGGGCCUUGAAACAUAACACUCUUUCGAUUUGUAUGUAUGCGUAUGCGUGUAAUUAACAGGUACGUGACUCCCCCCCUUCCAAGCGAUAAAUGAAUGAUCGGUAAUUACGCCGAGUCCAGGAAAGGUGGAAUCGAACCGACAGACGUAAAACGAAACCGAAGUACAUUUUCAACGCGUACAUGCACCUGUGUAUGAAAUUGUGGGCAUGAUAUUCCAUAUUCAAGUGGAUCCGUCUACGUGUAUCGCAGCAGUGUAUACGGGCAGCGAGUAUCACAUUUCUCGAUCGGAUGUAGCGUGUAUAUAUAUGCAUGUACACGCUAAAGCGAAGUAGAAAAGCAUAACGACGCAAAUAGGCAUGUAGUACAUACGUCGGUAGGUGUAAUAAUAUACCAAGUUCUCUGCAAGCAGAUAGUCGACGCGCAGGGUAUAAAAAGGCAGUCUAAUUAACAAAAUAGUAACCAAAGUUAAUUAUUA